UAUUCGCAGGUAGCAGAAUUAGUGAGACGAGGAAAGAAAAGUUUGGAAGAUGGCUCUCAUGCAGAUCGACAUUGAAGCAGAAAAGAAAUUCAAGGAGAUUUUUCGAAUUUUGGACAUCAACACGGUGGGCUACAUUAAAAAUGACGAACUGGCAGCCGUAAUUGAUAGAAUGAAAGAAGAAGUGGGCAUGAAGGACGAAGAGGUCAAACAGUUGGUGGACGACAUCGACAAAAACAAGGAUCAGAAAAUACAGUUUAACGAAUUUUACAAGUUUAUGUCUGAGACGGAAGAUAAGGAAACAGAGGAAAAGUUGGAACAGCUUUAGCACGUUACCGGAAGUGACGUCGCGCGGGACUCUUUCGCACAUCUCGUCGUCACACCAGUUCAAGUUAUGAAUCAGGAACGAUUUCAUAUUUAUAUAAAAACAAAAUAUUCAGUUGGACUAGGAAUACCUCCAUGACUGUGUCCUGUUCAUACCUGAUGACGUCAUGUCCAGUUUAUUACUGGAAUAUAAUGCCAUUUACCUGCGUGAACGCUGUCGACUAGUGCUGCAAUUACAAAGCUUUGGAAAAUUACCCAGAGGAAGUCUUAAAGAAGCUCCUAAGGAUAUUUCGGAAAUGUGCAUGUCGAUAUUAUAAGCAUAACCAAAUAACGAACGAUGCAUGAAACUGACAAAACUCACAAACAUGUUACAAAAUAACAAUUAAACAACAAGUAGAAUGUUCUAACUGCAAAACAUGUUGCAAUAUUUUAGCUUUCGCCUUUAAAUAUAUUAAAAUUUUAUUAUUAAUUUUUAAAGAAAACGCUUCAUCUGGGGAUAAAAUGUCAUUUAUGAUUUGAUGAAAUAACUUUUCUCUUAAAUAUAGCGGCUCAUUAUUUAUAAAGCUUUAAUAUUCCGAUAAAAGUAGGAGAAAGAGAAAGAGUGAGAGAACGAAAAACAGAUGCGGCACAAUUAGGCAAAACAAGUCAUGCGCACAAGCUUGCUUGUUUGUAAUCCAAACAUAUUUGUAUCGAGCAGUGUCUGUUGAGCAAUUUAAAUCAGUCAAGACCAGGGGCAUACGCUGGGGGUGGGGUGGGGAUGUUGUUAGGAUCCACCUGGUUGAUGCUAAAACAUUUAGUUUUUUACAACGCAAUAUUAGGCUAUUUAUAUAGGUGUCCAGAAAAAAUGUAGAUAAAUAGGUCCGCUAGGUUCAUAUUCGACCCCUCUACCAAGGUCCUAACCAUGCUACGCAACUAAAGAACUUCUUGCAUUUUCCAGUCUUACAUAGCGUCGACCUCAGGUGCGUCAACAUUAAAAAGUACACGUAGUAUUUUUAUAAUUUUGGACCUAUUACAAUAUAGUGCCAGAUAUUCAGAUGUUUUCCGGCCAAUAUUCACCUCGUUUUGAAACAAAAUUAAACCGCGAAGGUCGGUGUUAGCGGAUCGAGAACAAUCGAGGCUAGCGGACAUCACGAUCGAUUUUCUCUAGAUGGUCUAUGUGGAUUUUAACGGAAUGGAAUCACGGAAUUUGACCUUGUAAAUGGCCCACCAAUACUUAUAUUGUCUGAAAAUAUACUAAGCAGCAAGAGAAACGCAGUGCACAAAAAUAAUAACAAAAUGUGUUGCUUUAGGCAGUGAAUUUGCAAUUUUACGCUAACAAAUAUUUAAAGAGAGACGUUGUUAAAACUAAUAGUACACAAUUUAUGACGAUUUAAAUAUCUACCGGAUAUUUGAUUGUACUCGCGUUUCUGAUGUUUUUCAGUGUGUAUAUACAUAUAUACCUAAUACUUUCUUUAUAUUACACUUGUUAUGGAUAUAGUGAUUAUAUAUUGUUCAUAACUGAAUUAUGGCAACGUAGACGUAAAUCAGAAACUAUAAUUUCGUUAAUUGUAUGAAAUGCUAGGUGUCUAAAAAUGUAUGCCAAAACUGCUUGUAAUAGCGAGCGCUAGCUGAACUCACGAAAACAGUAUAUACUUCAUGUCACGUUAAAUGUGAGAAUCUACCUUUAAUUAUUGCGCCGCUAAACUGUUGCACAUACACGUAGCUGAAAUGUCAUUUGCAUUUUGAUUUUUGGGUUUCGAAGUAUGGUAAUAACUGUCUUGUUAACCUUUUCUUGAGUUUGCAUGGAUAUUUAAUUGUAAUUAAUUUUGCACGCGUUGCUAAUUGUUAUUGAAGUUUGUUUGAAUUUAUAAUAUAUUAAACCUUUUUUUUUAAAUACACAGUGUGUAGAUAUGUAAAACCAAACCAAAAAUAACAACAACAAAAAACAAACAACAAAACUAUCAACAAUAUACGAAUUCGUUUUUCUACCAAAUAUAGCCCAGCGUUUACAAACAUGUAUGCACAUAUAUGUCUUGACAUAUCGCAGUGAAUUAUCUUUAACAACUGCAUUGCACUAUAAUUCAUGUUUAAAGCAUUUAAAGCAUGCAUUUAAAGCAUAAAGAAAUGUGAAAAUAAAAGUAUAAAUAACAAUAAAAUUAAAAUACAUGUAGAUUAAUAUAAAAUUUACAUUCGGAUAUGUUCGUAUUAUUUUUCUUGCCAGUGUACGUGCAUAUAUUUCUGGAAGUAACCGAAACCAUGCCAGUUGAGUCAAUCAUUUAUGUAAAUAAGCAGGUAUCGUUUGCAAAUAUAUAAUAUCCAUCAUAUUAAUAAUAACAUUUAGAAGCUACUCUAAUAUGUAACCUAUUUAUUUACAGUGUGACUUAGAUUAUGAAACUUCCUUACUAUUAAAGAGAUAAAAACAACAACAUUAAAAAAACAACUCCAAGAAAAACCAAAAACGAACACAUACAACCCCCUACCCACCCACCCCAUACACACACGCACACACACACAAA